UGAACAAGGAAGGCAUGCAUAAACAACAUGCAUUACACAUGUUAAGAAAAAAAAAAUGUUUUAUGUUUGUUUCUGUCGAGGGCAUUAAUAACCACAUUGCAGAAAAAUGCUGAAGUUUAUUAUUAUUAUUAUUUUGACCAUGCUGCAUAGCCAGCGAGUUGCAUCGCAUGUGUUUCAUGUUACGGUGGAUGAAUUGUCUGGUAUAGAUUGCAAUGACUGCUUGGAAAAAAAUGAAAUAAAACCAUGCAGAACAAUUCAGUUUGCCUACAGUGGAUUACUAAAUUUCACCAACAGUAGUGAUAUCCGCAUAAUUAUCAUAGGCUUGUAUCAUUUAAAUGAGACACUUUUAAUUGACACAUUCUCUGAUCAUGUUUAUACUUUGACAAUCUCUGGCUACAACUCUUCAAAAAUAAUUGCAGGUCAUCGUAAUGUUAGUAUUAUAAUUGGAUCUAAUACAGAAUUCGAAUAUUUACGAUACAUCGUAACAUUUCAGAGCUUGUUAUUCACCGGUUUUGGUUAUCAUGUUCCAGCAGCUGUUCUUAUAUGGUCAACCACAGUUAAUAUGCAGAAUUGCGAGUUUCGUCAUAAUGAAUGUGCUGCUAUUAAUGCUUUGGAUUCCAGCGUCGACAUAUAUGACUCAGUCUUUUAUAAUAAUACCGGAAAUGCAUUACUAAAAGGAGAUGUAUCAGCAAAUCAAUCUGCAUCAUUUCCAUCUGGUCCCAAUUCUGCAGGUGGUGGUGUUGCUUUGAUAUUUCAAAACACAUCAUAUCUUAAUUUGAAUUUAAAAAAUAAUAUGUUUAAAACCAAUCGUGCGAUAGAUAAAAGUGGCAGAUGUUUAAUUCAAAGACAAAGUUCAUCAUUAGCGUUCUCUGAUACAGGAGGAGGUCUUUUGUUGGCAUUUAUCGGAACAAGUUCAUAUAUCACUGUUGAUAUUAAUAACAAUACAUUCAAUGGUAAUCAUGCUUCUCUAGGCGGUGGCAUUAUGUUUUCAUUUUAUGGUAAAUCUGGUUACAAUCAAAUAACUGUUGCGCAUACGUUAAUAACUAAAAACCUAGGGAGCAUCACAGGAGGUGGAUUUGCAUUUGGAACUUGGAAUAAAUCGUCUUUUAAUCAUUUAUCCAUAAUUAAUUCAAGCAUCGUUUAUAAUGGAGCCCGCGUAGGUGGUGGUGGCAAGAUUCUAUUGCAAAGUCAAACUAUAUUUUCAUCUGAUGCUACCCCUGCUGUGCAGUAUAUAACAUUCACCAAUGUCUCCUUUUAUGCUAACAAAGCAGCUAGUGCUUCAGGACUGCAUCUUAUUUACAAUCUUGCCGUUGGUUUGAAAUCAGCUGUGCCGAUUAUUUUUCAGAAUGUUACAUUUUCCCAUCAUUGUAAUAAUGCUGAUUUUGUUGACGCCCAACAGGGUCCAUCGGCUUAUUCUGGAGUGUUAUUAUCCAACAGAGUAGACAUGCAAUUUGAAAGAGAUAAUUACUUCAAAAAUAAUACAUUGGAAACUCCACUGUUUUUAUCAAACACAGAGUUAUACCUUGUUGGAAAUUUAACUUUUCUGCAUAACCGGGUGCAAACUUCAGGAGGUGGAAUGGCAUUAACUGAUGUCAGUCAUUUGUUUUUGGCCUCGCAUUCAAACCUAUUGUUUCAGGAAAAUUUUGCCCGAGUCCAAGGUGGCGCCAUGUUCAUUAAAAGUGUUGGGUUUCCGGACAUGGUUUAUAAAUAUAAUCCGUCUUGUUUUAUUCAAUAUUCUGAUAAUAGAAUGGUUCCACCGUCGAAAUGGAACGUAUCUGUAAAAUUUGUUAAAAAUGCAGCUGGUCUUAAAGGAGCUGCCAUAUUUGCAAAUACUAUCACACCUUGCAUAUGGGUGGAGCAUCCGCCAUACUUUAAUUUCAAUGAAGCACUGCGUUGGAAUGGGAAAUUUAAAUACAGAGGGAAUUAUCUGACACGUCAAAAGAGGUACACUAAUGCAUCUACUGACAUAGCUACCGAUACAAUACGCUUUGAUAUACAUUUGAAUGGUAGAGUGAAACGUAAAGAGAAUUUGGUUGCAGCCGCUCCGGGUGAGAGCAUAAAAUUUAAGAUACAUGCUUUUGAUGAAUUAAAGAAUCCUGUGUAUAGCGUACCUGUUGCGUCAAUUUCCAAUACGGACAAUUCUGAUGUUGGAAAUAAGAUGGUCUUAAAGGAUCAAUAUUACAUUGUGGAGCCAAAUGAGAACAAGAGUCUGUCGUUACAAUUUUCAAUGUCAAGUUCGUUUUAUGACAAUAUGACGUCCGGUAAAGAAAAACACAUUGUUCAUUUUGUUGACAGUUAUUCAUCAUUUCUUUCAAACGCAGUCAUAACCAUAAAUCCAGUGAAAUGUUUGCCGGGAUUUUCGUUUAAAGAUGAUAGCUGUAUUUGUAAUGAUAAAGCUGAAAAUAUUGUCAGAUGCGGCGACGAGAUUGUGUACAUUAAUAAAGGUUUUUGGGGAAAGGUAAACCGACAUGGUGAACUGAUCACAAAAAAAUGUCCUCGCAAUUACUGCAACUGUCAUGAAAACAAAACGCUUCUCGGCUGUGCUUUCAAUUACCGCAACCCAGACCUGCAGUGUGCCACAGGACGUACUGGUACAUUGUGCGGAAAGUGUAAGCCAGGCUAUGGUUUGUCUUUGAUGUCAUCGGAUUGUGUUACAUGUGACGGCUUUUCGUGGUCGAUCUUAUACCUGGCCAUCAUUGCAACAGCUGUGAUUAUUGCAGCUGUCCUGGUUUUAGUUUUAAAUCCAAGAUUUUCAUCACAUUUUAGAGGAAUUAUAUUCUUCGUUCAAAUGCUUCCGUACGUGUGUGAUCCGAGCGGAAAAGUAAAUCAGAUUAUAUUGGCGAUUAGCUCCUGGGUAGACCUAGGUGGCGUGAAUGGUAUACCGAUCAAUAGCUGCUUCUUGGAGCAAUUUACAAGCCUUAAUGCAAUUACGUUGGGAUAUCUGUAUCCAGCUUUAAUAUUUUUAGUUCUUUUGACUCUAUAUAUUUUGCAUAAAUUUCAUAUGGUGAACUUCCGAAGAAACACACCGUUUCAGUCAUUCUGGAUUUUAAUGGUGGCUAUAUAUAAGUUUCUGGUAGAGACCUCAUUACUGUUGUUGUUUUGUGUUCCGCUUGAUGGUUCCUAUGUAUUUUUCUUUGACGGAAAUGUCCAAUGUUACAAGAAUGUUCACCUUGUGAUGACGAUUGUAGCAAGUGCUGUGUUGUUACUUGUGGUGGUACCUUUACCUAUCGUGAUUCUUCUUAUUGUAUUUGGUGUACUGCCAGUCGGGCCUGUCAUAACAGAUGCUCUAGCUCAAGGCUUAAGGAAACAUGUGCGAUGGUGGUGGGCUGUAGAUUUCAUUCGUCGUAUUGUUUUUAUUGCUGUAUACGUGUUCACUCCUGAUUGGCAGAUGAAGCAGACAACUCUUAUCGUCUGUUGCGUUUUGACAUUAGUUUUUCACAUGCAAAUGCAUCCUUAUCGCAACAAAAUGGCAAACAUGGGAGAAUCCUUCUUGUUGCUAUGUUUAACCUUACUCGUGACUAUCGUUGCCACACCUAAGGGUAAUGAAGCUCAAGAUUAUAUCUUAGCGGCUGUUGCGAUUUCCGCGACAACUUAUUGCAUCUUGAUCACCCUGUACUUAUGGAUCAUGUUUUUCGUGAAAGUUUGUAGAACGCGCGCAUAUUACCAACUGGAAGAGAAAGACGAAGAGACGGACGACGAAGAAGUUUAUAAUGAGAGUCCUGUUCGAAGGCUGGCGACACCUCACGAAAAACUGAAAUUUCCCAAUUCUCCGAUUGAAAGAAUGAUAAAAGAGCGCGGUAAGUAUAACAGUAAGCGCGUCGUUCCAUCUCCGACAUACAUUCGGUCAGAUCUCAAGGACUUUUAAAAACGAAAAGUUCUUACAAAUAUGGAUCAAUAUUUUCAGUUUUGUGAGUUUAAUUUCUGAAGUAUUAUAUAAAUUUAAAAACGACAAUUUCCUAACUAUAUGAGUCAAAUUUUUUCUUUUAUAUCUAUUAGUAUUUUUUUAUUGGGGUUAAUUCUUCAAAUCCCUUAAAUCCUUAAGCGUAAGAGGGGCGGUCAUAUAUGUAUCUCUAAUUGAUAGUUCGUUCAGAGAUUCUAAGUUUAUUCACGUUUUUAAUAGUGCAAUUUACCAAAAUCUCAUGGGUUUGGUUUGCUUUGUGUCGUAUUAAAUUAUUGCUUACGUGCGAAAAAAGAACUAACGCUUGUUCUUUAUAUAGAAUAUUUAGUAAUAGGACUAAAACUUUUCACGUCUUAUUAAAAAUAAAUCAAUAGGGGUGGUAAACUCCUUUUCCUUUUCCUCGAAUGUAAGUGCAUAUCGCUUCCAACUGAUUCCCUUCCUCAAUUGUAAAUAAUAGAGGAUUCAAGUCAUGAAUUGGAUCGAUGGGUGGUAGAUUUUGCUAUAGCAUUGCAGGAAUAAAAUUUCGAGAUUUGUGAUAACGAAUAUUUCGUGAUUUUCACAGAUCAAUUUUUUAGUGGAACAAAAUCACAAAAGUUUGUUUCGCGACAUUUUCUACCUUUAAAUUAUUUUUUCAUUUUUUUGUAUGUUUUUAUAUAUAUUUUGCACUAUUUUUAACUUACUGGUUACUAUUUCAUUUUGGGGCCUAAUUUUUAUAUUAAAUUAUUUUACUGUAAGUUAUAUAUUUAUAAUGAAGAUGAAAAUACUUUGAUAAAAGCAU